AUGACGAGGCUGAAGCAAGUCCUGUUGGCAGCACUCAGCUCACUGCUUCGAGGCCGCUCUUUCCUGCAGGCCCUCUUCACCUUUUGGAUCAGUCCGACGGUUAUCAAGGAACACAGCGUGAAGACGGCGUUGCCACGCAGGGACAUUGAGGAUUUCCUAAAGGAGGCGAGGCAGCGGUUGCUGGGCCCCUUUGAGGACGGUCAGCUGCUAGGCCUUUCGCGUGAUCUCAAAGUCCAGUUUGAGGAACGGCUACAGUCUCACAAUGAGUCCAUGCUGCCAUCCUUUAACCACCUCCUGCCCUCUGGCAAGGAGCAGGGCAACUAUAUUGCUCUCGAUGUGGGCGGAUCAACGUUGCGUGUUGCCCUCGUUGCCCUGAGGGGCCGCCUGUCUGCUGGGAACGAAAGCGAGAUUGUCCGAAUGGAGAGCUUCAAAAUCACGCCUGAGAUCAAGAGCCUAGUGGGAACGGGAUUCUUCGACUGGAUGGCCAAACACAUUAGCGAGGUAAUAGGGGAUGAUGCUCAGUCUGAGGAGCCAGUGCCCAUGGGCCUGGCAUGGAGUUUUCCGGUCGAACAAACAUCACUAGGAGGUGGCCUACUACUCGGCAUGGGAAAGGGAUUCGUGGCUACGGACAGUCUCCUCGGUCAAGACCUGGGCAUGAUUAUUCAGCAAGCAUGCGCAAAGCAAGGCCUCAACGUGGAACUGGCUGCCCUAGUUAAUGAUGGCUCGGCGACCCUACUGUCUCAGGCCUACAUCCACGGGCAGACGAGGUUCGGUCUCAUUCUUGGCACCGGAGUGAAUAUUGCCGUACAUCUACCUGUGGCCGCAUUUCACCGCUCAAAGUUUGGCGAGCGGUCUGAGUCGUGGUUUCAAGAGGCGAGUCAUGUGAUUGUGAACACCGAGCUGGGCAUGUUUGGAGGUGGUAUCCUGCCGCUCACACGGUGGGACGAACAGCUCAAGGCGGCGCACCCACGCCCAGACUUUCAGCCCCUCGAGCACCUCCUCGCUGGUUACUAUCUAGGCGAGAUUGUUAGAUUCGCCCUCCUCGAAGCCAUUGAGACCACCGGAUUAUUAGGUGGUGUGGUACCGCCAUCACUGGAAAAGCCCUACUCUCUUGACACGGAAACUCUGUCGAGAAUAGAAGCUGACACAAGCGCCGACUUCGAAAUCGCGCUGCCAUACUUUGCAUCAACGCAUCCAUCCAGUGUCCCACCCACAGCUACCGACCUGGCCGCGAUCCGGACCUUGGCAUCGUGUACAUCGCAGCGAUCUGCGGCCCUCCUCGCUGCCUGUGUAUUUGGGCUCUGGGAAAUGCGACACGAGACCGAGGCCGAAUAUCUCGGCACACAAACGCCACCGCCACAAGCCAUCGAUGCCAAGGCCCCGACGCCACGCAAGGCCUCGUUUGUGGCCGAAGCCCGCGUCGAGGUCAAGCUGCCGCAAACCACGGUGGGAUUCAAUGGCUCUGUCAUUGAGCGGUACCCGGGGUACCGCGACAGCUGCCAGAUGUAUAUCGACAGCCUGACGUCCACGAGCGAGCACGUGGGCGAGAUCAAGCUGGUGCCAGCCCUUGAGAGCUCCAUCCUCGGUGCGGCGGUCGCUCUGGCCUGUGCUACGGAACCACAGCCAUGA